AAAUAAGCUUCUUUAGCUGCUCUAGUCAUGUUUAUCACAUUAGACUAGUCGGGACGAGCCGACUCGCAGGGCUUUAGACUCAGGUACAGGUUGAAAUACCAAUGUACCAAGUCCUGCUAUGAGUUUAAAGCAAAGGUAGAAGAUGCAAAGACGAAUGCUCAGGGAAAACCAUAUUGCGGGAAAACCAAUAGUCACGAUGAAACACAAUUCAUAUAACGUUAGUUGGUGCGAGCAAGUUCUCGAGGCUAUUUUAGAUAGUGGCUUGUAGCUGAAGCACCAACGAGCUCGAUUGACCCAGGAAGGUGCAGCAGUUGCACAUCCAUCUGUGUUACUGUUCACCACGAUUCGAUACAUGGGAAACUUUCCGGAAAUUAUGGAACUCAGCAUUUGUGUCUCUUGGGUACUUAAUCCUUCGUCCUCACCUCCGUCUCGAUUCUUCACUUCAUCAACAUUCACUUCAUUAACAUCUUCUUCAUUUUCAAUUAAUAUCAAAAACCAUCACAAUGCAGAUUCCAGCAGUUCUUCUCACCCUCGCUCUUCUCCCAGGAGCUUUGUCCUGGUCUCCAUUCGCUUCCUUGUACAACCCCAAGUCCGCACAAUACGUUUACUCGCCCAUUGAGCAAAUCCGUUAUACACUCGAUUUCGAGACAUUUAUCCUCGAUUCGAAGAACUGGACUGCCUUAGAAUUCGUGUACACAAAUGACGCUAUUGCGAACUUCACUGGUUUGGGAGCCGAACUUUGGAUCGGAAGAGACGACAUCAUCGCCAACGAAAAGAAUGGCUUAUCCCACGUUGCAAAUGGUGUCCAUCAAUUGACUAGCAGUGCUAUCUUGAUCAACCAAGCAAACUGUAGCGAGGCUCAUGUUACAACCUACAUCACAUUCAACCAUUUCGACACCAACGCGGAAGGAACACAAACACACGUUUUCUCCGCAUGGUUCAAAUUUGAAGAUGAUUUCGUUGAUACCAAAUCCUUUGAUGGAACUCCAAGUGCAUGGAGAGUACAGAACAGACAGAUGGUGUUGGUUGGUGGGGGUGUUGGAGAUGAUCUUGCGGUUGAGAGACCUUAGACGUUGCAUGGAGAGCAGAUUGGAGGAGACAGCGAUGUUUUCAAAUGGCAACGAAGCUGGACUUGUGGGAUAGAAUAGAAGGGUGAAGAGAUGCAACUAUAUUCAUGAUAGGAAACGAUAUCAGCCGAUUCGUAAUUUUAAUAUAACACUUUUACAUGCAUUGCAGCAUUGGAGUGCACGCAGC